AUGCGGCUAAAACUUGCAGAUUUUGGUCUUGCCCUUUUGAGAAAUCUGAAUGACCUGGCACAAGAUGAAGCCCAGCAUCACAGAAGUUGGUGUGCACCAGAAUGUCUUCUUGGUAUGCUAUCUAAUUCUCAUAUGAUUGGUUAACCCAUUGAGUUUCGAUGCUCUCCCUUUCACAAGUCUGGAUUCCCAGCAGAAGUCGGCACCUGACGAUUUUCAAAAAUUGCUGGCUGUUUAUCAAAAUUAUAACCCAAAAUAUUUCUUCCUUCCUUUUUUUUAACAUAAAUUUUAAACAAUAUUCUUCGAAUGCUUCAAUAAUAAGACAGAAUCUCGAAUAACUCUCCACUUCAGAGGGUCUAUAUUUCAAAUCGUCACAGGGGACGAUCUCAGAUUCCUUCCCUCCCCCCAUGAGAGUGGUACCUUCAGCAGCACAUAGCCGUUUAUUUCUUUCAAAAAGCCUCCUACAACGAAUUGUAUUGGGUAAAAUUUAGCGUUAAUCAGAGUAAAAUAAUAAAGCAUUAGGACGCAAUGCAACUCAUUGGGUUAAUAGGCGAUAAAGUUCCACCAGUACAAGUAUUUUAACUGUAAUUUAUUUUAAUUAUUUUUACAAGUAUUUUAACUUUAAUUUAUUUUAAUUAUUUUUACAAGUAUUUUAACUUUAAUUUAUUUUAAUUAUUUUUACAAGUAUUUUAACUUUAAUUUAUUUUAAUUAUUUUUACAAGUAUUUUAACUUUAAUUUAUUUUAAUUAUUUUUACAAGUAUUUUAACUUUAAUUUAUUUUAAUUAUUUUUACAAGUAUUUUAACUUUAAUUUAUUUUAAUUAUUUUUACAAGUAUUUUAACUUUAAUUUUUAGACACUGAAACCAUGAUUGAAGUUGAAUCAUUUAUGAGGAGCGAUAUUUUUUCCUAUGGCUUGGUCUUGCAUUAUAUGCUAACUGGCAGUAUGGAGAGAAGGGAAGAACAGAAAGCACCUGAACCUCCACAGAACCUGGGCAAAGGGCCUCUGAAAGAUUUAUAUGACAGCUGUCUACGUUUGGGGUCUGAAGAACGGCCGACUGCUGCAGAGAUUAUAAAUAAAAAGUUUCAAGGUAAAAAUAGUUACUUAAGCAUUUUUAUAUGAAUAUAUAAACGUAUACAGGCUAGCACUUAACAUAAUAUUCUCCUAUAUUUCUAGUUCACACGACAAACCCAUACACGGUUACGCUGCAGACAGCGGAGUUUUUUACUUUUGGUUUUCUCAAGGACACACAAAUUGUUGUUGCUGAUAGUUUAGUUGAUGAGGUAAUUACGUAGUAGAUGUGAUUUGAGUUUUGAAUUAAAACCUUGUGUAUGACUACGAGAGUUGGCAAGCAAGGGAAUGCUCUAACUCAUUCAGCGCGGGUAGAGCGACUGGGGACGAGUCAGCCGGUAAAACACUGCAGUGUCAGUGUAAAGACAACAGGGUUUAUAUGCUCCCUUGAAAUCGUAGUUAACUGAGAAAUAUAUGUAUUAUGUAGUAGAAAUUUACACAUUAUAAUUAUAAUAUUCUAAGCCGUUUGUCCUCGUCUCCCUCUCUCUUAAUUGUGAAACCGUCAUUGGCAGAAGAUGGUGAAGUUUAUGGCCGGGGUUUGACAUUUUCUUAAUCAUGUCAACACACAUAACAUCUCUACGUUCCUUUAGGGUUUUCAAAUUGGACUGACGUAAUGCAUCAUACCAGGGAGGAUUAUUCUUAGCACCCGCUUUGUAAUCUCUCCAUAUCAUUGUUCUGUUCAACUGUAAGAUUGCCAUUCCAAAUUUGAGAGAUAUAUCGUUUGACUGCUUUCUUUGUAAUAUAGGCUGUAAUGGUAUUCCAUUUUAAAUCGUCGUCCAUCCAAGCACCCAGCAAUUCAAAUGAUUUUACUCUUGUGAAUAUAUCCCCGCCAAUAGCAAUUGACGGGAUUAUAGUUUUUACCUUCCUGAAGUCAACCAGCAUCUGUUUACACUUUUUACCAAUUGAGUUCCAUAUUUUGAUUUCUCGUAAAUUGCAAUAUGUUAUCCACGUUUCGUUGAGAGUUCCCAAUCUGACAGUUGGACACAUGUUGGGUGAUGCCAAUAGAGUUGUAUCGUCCAUAAACAAUGAAAUAUCUUCAUCCUCUGCGGGACUAUCCGGGGAGUACAUUGUAAUCCGGGGAGUACAUCUCAGCAGUCAGCAGAGUACAUUCUAAUUGUGUGAUGUCAAGUACUUAUGUGUCAAUGUGACGUAACUGUAUACAUAGUUUGCAUUCAAUGUAUAUUCGAGUCAGUAUAUGACCACCCAAAUAGUGAGUCUGGUCUAACAUAUGGAUAUUACAGUACAUAUAGUGACAGGUUUAAAGGUUUCCUAACUCAUGCGUUAAUUUUUUUCAGUCUUUAGUUGACUCGUGUGGUUCUAGACGUCCCCAAGGGUAUCCAUCUGAGUGCUUAUCAUGCGUGGUCGAGAUUGACAAAGACGAAUGUGAUCAGUGUCCGGAAUUAUUAGGUUCUGAAUUAUUUCAAACUUACUGCCAGAGACAUGAUGAGUGGCGGGUGGUAAGCAUUUUGAACUGUGUUUUCAACUGAUUUUACAGUUAAGAGAGCAAUUUAAGACAAUGCUGGAAUGCGUCGAUACUAUGCUAUUAUUCUAACUAUUAAAAACCAAUACCAGCCGACAAUUUAGUACAAAUAUAGUACAGAUUAUGUUUAUGUUUUGUACUAUAUUAUGUUUAUGUUUUGUAUUAUGUUUUGUACUAUAUUCUAACUAUUAUUCGAGAUAUUUGAAUUUUAUGGGCAACUUCCCUGCUCUAACUUGAUGUGUGCUUGAUAACUCGUGCUUCGAGGGUUUUUUCUCCGGGUAUACCCCGGUUUUUCUCCCUCACCUUUGCCUUUUUUCUCUCUGAUUUAGGCCGAAAAGAUAGAAAACAAUGCAAAUAUCGCAUUAAAAGGCCUGACUACACGACGAGAGGGAGAAGACGAAGAACAACGCGUUGUCUUAAAAUUUGCUCAGGCUACCUAUGCUCAUCACCGAGCUAUGAGGGAUGUCUGGGAAGGUCUAGAUGAAAAUACCAAGACACAAUUCCUGCCCUGUAAGACCUCGGUACAUCCUGUGUUUAGUACAUCGUUUGGUCUCCAUGUUGCUGUGAUCACCGCUGAUCAGAUUUUUCUCUUCACACGCCGCUCUAUGAAAGGUAAACAGGAUCAAUUUCCUUACGUACAACAAAAAUCUCAAACUCAUAAUUCAUUGAGUAAAUUAGCCAACCAUAUUACUUUAUGUUUGUGAUGUUACUCUGAGUGUAUAUCCACACCGGGCAAGCUUGAAAAAUAUGCCUGACCACGGUUGGGAAUCGAACCUACGACCUUUGGAAUACUAGCCGCUCUGCCAACUGAGCUACAGUUUGCAGAGUAUUGGGCUAGUAUUCCAAAGCUUAUUUGGCAGCUCAGUUGGCAGAGCAUUGGGGUAGUAUUCCAAAGGUCGUAGGUUCGAUUCCCACCGUGGCCAGGCAUAUUUUUCAAGCUUGCCCGGUGUGGAUAUACACUCAGAGUAACGUCACAAACAUCAUAUUCACCUGAGUACAUAACACCAACACAGAAAAAAUCAUAUUACUUUAGUCAUAAUAUAAUCAUAUUGCUCACAUGAUAACACUGAAUACCUCUGUGACCAGAAUAUUUUCAGAGUAGUUGCAUGUGCGAACUGCAUGAGAAGAUUAUUUUGUUUGACGGUAUCAAACAUCACAGGUUCUCUGCGAGUACUCCUCUUUCCUCUCACUCUUAGUGCGGAAUGACCUAAAUAACUAUGUUUGCUGGACCACCCUUAAAAACCUUCCAAAAUAUUUUUCAGAUGGCAUUGCCAGCCCAGGGGACUUCACUUGUGGUGCAGUGGAAAGUUGCUCUGUGAAAGACUACGACGAGACACGUGGUGAUAAAACGUACGUAGAACUGAUAAAGACUGCAGCAAGAGGCUUGAACGAAGAGUUAGGGGUUGUUUUAAAAGGCAAAGAUUUAGAUGCUAUCUGUCUAACAACAGUUUAUCUAAAAUAUGACAAACACGAGUGGGGUAUGUGUGGAUUUGUUGAUCUAUCUGACGAGAGAAUUGCCCCAGAACGUCGUCUUACCUAUGCGUCUAUACAGUCCAGAUUUACAGGAGCAAGCUGCAAAGACAAGUUCGAACACGAAUUAAUUAAAGGAGUACCAUUUGAGUUGGACAAAAUGGCUGAUUUUGUGCGCGAGAAUUUUCACAAUUUUGCUAGUUCUACGAAGCUGGUAGUGGUCAAAGUAAUGCAGUCGUUUUUCGGAGUCUCGGAAGUUGAGAAGAUUUUUAAGGCAUUUGAUUCCUCCAGUUAA